CUUCUCUUUCUCUCUCCACAAAAAUUAAUUUGUAUGAUCUAGUAGGAGAAGAGAAAGGGAACUCAAAACCCAAAACCCAAAGGUAAAAGAUGAAGGACCAUGUCCUUUCAUGCUGUUUAAACUCUAAAGAUCUUGUUUUGUAGUCAUAUAAACUCAGAGGGAAGAAGAUUCCAUUCUUCAUUUAUUUCUUUAUACGUCUCUGCCUCUUAAAAAUUCUUUCUUUCUUCCUUCUGUAAUAUCCAUCUUUGUUUUCGAUCAACCCCAUCAAACUCCUCGCACUUGGGCUGUUUUUUUUCUUCUGCUUUUUACCAGAAAGCCUUCCAACUUUGCUCAGAUCUUCGACUUCUUCCUGCAGGGUUUCUAUUAUUCUAAUUUAACAAGCGUACGUAGCUGUUUCUUAUACGGAGGAUACUUGCCAAUUGAUAAACUGAGGAAUAGUUCCUGCAUAUAGUUUUAUGAACAUACAUUUUACAGAAGUUGCAACAUAGAUGGGGAUCAUCACUCGAAGUUCUGGUGGUAGAAAACCGAGUGAAAUUAUGAGGUUUUUUGUGACAACUUUUAUUGGUAUAGUUUUCGGAUUCUUUAUAGGAGUAUCAGUUCCAACAUUGUCAAUAACAAAGUUGAAUCUCCCAUCUGGCCUGCUUCCCUCCAUCGAUCUUUCCUACAUCGAAGACAGAUAUACAGGUCGCCAAGCAUGGACUUUUAUGAAUAAUGGUAACAAGAGAAGUUCAUCUCAAGUUCAAGCAUUAAAUGAUACAUCAAAGAUUUGGGUUCCAUCAAAUCCAAGAGGUGCAGAAAGAUUACCUCCUGGUAUUGUUGAAGCUGAGUCGGACUUUUAUCUGCGUAGAUUGUGGGGUAAGCCCAGUGAGGAUCUAACGUCCAAGCCAAAUUAUCUUGUAACCUUCACUGUUGGCUAUGAGCAGAAAAAUAAUAUUGAUGCAGCCGUGAAAAAGUUUUCUGGGAAUUUUACUGUCCUUCUGUUUCACUAUGAUGGCCGAACAACUGAAUGGGAUGAGUUUGAAUGGUCAAAGCGGGCUAUUCAUGUGAGUGCUCGCAAACAGACCAAAUGGUGGUAUGCCAAGCGGUUUCUGCAUCCUGACAUUGUUGCACCAUAUGACUAUAUAUUCAUAUGGGAUGAAGACUUGGGUGUUGAGCACUUCGAUGCAGAAGAGUACUUAAAACUGGUGAGGAAGCACGGCUUGGAGAUUUCACAGCCUGGUUUGGAACCUAAUAAGGGCUUGACAUGGCAAAUGACAAAAAGAAGAGGUGAUCGUGAAGUCCACAAAGUGACAGAGGAGAAACCAGGAUGGUGUUCUGAUCCUCAUCUGCCUCCUUGUGCAGCAUUUGUUGAAAUUAUGGCUCCAGUGUUUUCGCGUGAUGCAUGGCGCUGCGUGUGGCAUAUGAUUCAGAAUGACUUGGUCCACGGGUGGGGUCUUGAUUUUGCUCUUAGAAGAUGUGUGGAGCCUGCACAUGAGAAGAUUGGAGUUGUUGAUUCUCAGUGGAUUGUUCACCAAGGUCUUCCCUCUCUAGGGAAUCAGGGUGAAUCUCAAACAGGAAAAGCACCAUGGCAGGGGGUGAGGGAGAGGUGCAGAAAGGAGUGGACCAUGUUUCAGACUCGGCUGGCAAAUGCAGAAGACGCGUAUUACAAGUCCAUAGGAAUUGAUACAUCUAAUUCCACUGCUCAUUAGGGGUACCACAGCCAAACUUGACUUGUACACAGAUAUCAUUUACACUUACUACUAGGCUUAGAUUUUUUUCUUCCUUAGAAAAAGGUAUUAUUCCUUUGCAAUCACAGUCUAGAGUUCUAGCUAGGGAUCAAAUAUCAAUUUCACAGACCAUCGCUGUACCUAAACUGAAUUAAUCAAGUGAAGAAAAUUGAUAUUGCGGCAUGAGUCGAUUGUGACAUGAUCCAACUC